CUAGCACGAAUUGCUGCUAACUCCUCUAGGCAUACCACUGCACUUCAGCGAGCUAUUUACCAUACCAGAGCCUGCCCAUCCGUUGCGACUCUGGAGAUACACCAACGACCCGGGCGUAGCGCUGCCCUACUCGCGGAUCAACAAAGACCAGUGGCACACGAUGCUUAGGGCCAUGCCGGGUACUGGCGCAAUCCGAGGACUGCCCAGCACCGAUCAAGGUAUCCUAUUCGACCCUUCUCGGCCGCAGUACGGUGAGCCACAAGGUUACCGCAACGUGCCGCAACACCUCCGUUCCGAGAUCCGGGCCGAUGUUAGGCCUCAGCAGUACGCGUUUGGAAGGAGCUUCAAGGAACAUGUGGAUCUACUUGCAGGCCCUCCGGGGAUUGAAAAGAUCCGUGCACUUGAGAUUGAGGCCGUACGACGAACGCUCAACAACGCGCUCUUCCCGGUAGUCGAGCGGUACGGUGGACCUAGGCGGGUUUGGGGGAUGGGGGAUGUUGCACACUCGCGAGUUGUUGAGGAAGUUGCAGCGGCGUUCCAGGACAAAAUGGAGAAUCUGAGGGGGGAGAUUGACCGGAUAUGGUCUACUCUAAUGUGUCUGGAUCAGCGAGUCGCUGAGAUGAUAUGGCUUGUCGAGCGGUGCGACGGUUUAGGCAAUCAGCUGUGUGACGCGGCUUUGAUGGGCAGGAUGGGUGGUUGGUAGUGAUCAAUCAGGGACGGCUGCAGGGAGCUCCAAGAUGGGCUCGAAUGGGUGCAGCUCUGGGAGCUUUGGCGAUGACAACCGGUGGAAGGGUUCCAACCUUUCCCAGGAUUUCGGGGCUGGCUUACGGUGGUGGUGGUGGUGGUGGUGACAAUACCAUGAGACAAGAUAGCAAUCUACAAAUGGAGGCUCCCAGAACAUUUUGAAUGUAUGUGCCCAAAAAAGUGAUGAUGUGGAUCGUAG